UGCUCAUGUCAGACGUGACGACUUGCAAAAUGUCGUGUAUCAGUACCAAGUCUAAGGCCAAAGUUUUUUUCCAAACUUUCAACUUUUCAUCACAUCAAAAUUUUCAUACACACAACUUUUCUAUCAUAUUAUAUCAAUUUUAACCAAACUUUCAAACUUUAGUAAACUAAACACAGCCUAAAUGAACUUCACUAGCAACUCAUCAAAAGAUUAGAUUAUAUAUACACACAAACACAAGAUUAAUUAAGGAGAGGUGAGUUAGUAUAGAGGUGGAAAUUCUCUACUUGAUCGAACAAGAAGAGCACCCAACGCUCGCAAUCUCCUCAGGAUGCCGCCGCCGCCGCCGACGCCGCCGCCAUCGCCACCGGUGCGCGUGGUGUCGACGCGCACGGUGAAGCCAUCGCGGCCACGGCCGCGGGAGCGCAUCCCGCUCACCACCUGGGACGUGUCCCUCCUCGCCGCCGACUACAUCCAGAAGGGCCUCCUCUUCCGGCCACCGCCCGCCACUCUCCACCUCGUCGAACAUCUCGCCGCCGCCCUCGCCGACGCGCUCCACGUGUACUACCCCGUCGCCGGCCGCUUCGCCACCGACAAGCACCCCGGCGGCGGCUGCUCCGUCUCCAUCGACUGCGACGGCCAGGGCGCCCAGAUCGUCCACGCCGUCGCCGAUGGCGUCUCCACCGCUGACAUCCUCCCUCCCGACGUCGAUGUCCCGAGUGGCAUCGUCCGCUCCUUCUUCCCUCUCGAUGAGGCUGUCAACUACGAUGGCCAUGAGCUCCCGCUCUUCGUCGUCCAGGUCACCGAGCUCGUCGAUGGCGGCGUCUUCCUUGGGUUCGUGUACAACCACGCGCUCUCCGAUGGCACCGCCUUCUGGGACUUCCUCAACGCCUGGGCCGAGAUCGCGCGCGCUAAGCUCGAGAACGCGGUGGCGACGUCGCGCGCGCCUCUCCUGGAGCGUUGGUCGCCCGACGGCGGCGCGGCGGCGCCGGUGGUGCUCCCUUACGACGACCUGGCGGGGCUCAUCGCGAGGACAACGACGACGACACCUCCGCUGCUGCGCGAGCGGAUGCUGCACUUCUCGGCGGAGUCACUGGCGGCGCUCAAGGAGCGCGCGCGGUGGGAGCUCCUCGCCGCCGGGGACGCAGCCGGCGCGGCCGCCGUGACGAGGUUCCAGGCGCUGAGCUCGCUGCUAUGGCGGUGCGUCACCCGCGCGCGGCGGCUGGCGCCGGGCCGGGAGGUGGUGUUCCGCGCGUCGGUCAACAGCCGCGGCCGCCUCCGCCCGCCGCUGCCACCGGAGUACUUCGGGAACAGCAUCCUCCCCGCGUCGACGGAGGCGGUGCCGGCGUCGGAGCUCCUGGCGCGCGGGCACGGGUGGGCGGCCGCCGCCGUGGGCCGCGCGGUGGCCGCGCACACCGACGAGCGCAUCCGCGCGCGCUCGGCGGCGGCGCCGUCGGUGUCGGCGUUCAGGCUGUUCGACGCGAGCGGCGUGUUCGUGAGCAGCUCGCCGCGGUUCGACAUGUACGGGUGCGACUUCGGGUGGGGGAAGGCGGUGGCGGCGAGGAGCGGCAAGGGGAACAAGUACGACGGGAAGGUGUCGCUGUUCCCGGGGCGGGACGGCGGCGGCGGCGGCGGCAUCGACGCCGAGGUGGAGCUGGCGCCGGAGCACAUGGCGGCGCUGGAGGAGGACGGCGAGUUCUGGGCCGCCGUCACGCCGGACCACCUGCUGCUGGUCAACGACAACAACGACAAAGCUUGAAGCUUAAUUUCGUUUUCUUCCCAUGAUAAUAUUGUUUUGAGAGUGCUUUGACUGGUGAUGGUUUAGUGUUUGUUUGCUGGCUUAAUGGUAAUCCAAUGUCUAUCAAUAAAUAAAGGGAAUGUGGAAUAAUAGAGAUGCAUGGAAAGCGUGUUUAAUUCUAUGGCGCCAUUGAAAGGCGAGGAUUAUACAAAGUUUGGUUUGUAUUAAAUUUGAAUAAAAUUUGAUUGAAUUUGAUCAAAA